CCUCCGACCGUUAGGAUUUGGAUUCUAUAGGUGCCUACACAGAUGCCUGAGGGACCCGACGACAUGUUUUUAACAAGUCCCGUUGUCCGGGCAUUUUCCUGAGUAAAAAUCAGCUUGAAAUCCCCGUUCGGAUAUUUCCGGGAGGAGAGUAGCUCUGGGUGGUCAGACAGGCGUUUGACUAAGCCACCACCUCUCCCUAGCAAAGGACCUGCACCGGCUUCCCGGACAGUCCUUGACCCUGCGUUUCUCGCGGGCGCGGGCCGCAGGCGUUGGCGAUACCGGCUGGUCGCCCCGUGAGGGGGAGUUGGCGGGUGGUGUGCGAGUGGAGGUAUAAUUAACCUUGAAACUUUGCAUCUGCAAUCUUACUACCAAAAGAAAAGAUGAGAAAAACUAGCUGGAUUAAAAAGAACUGGCUGCUUGUGGCAGGACUUUCAUUUCUGGGUGUCCAUCUUGGUACAUAUUUUAUACAAAGAGUUGCAAAGAACUCUGCUAAAUCAGCUUUGGAAAUUAAGCAAAAGGAUCUUGGAGAAUGAAGUAAUUUUCUGCAAUCAUCACAUAUUAAUUUAUCACUUAUAGUUGUAUAAUUUGUUAAAUAUUAAACUAUGAAUAGCUACAUGGACAUAGUUGUCAUUCUGUAUACAAGGUUUCUCUUUUAUAAUGUGCUUGGUUACAAAGAGUAAAAAAAUACUUCUGUAGAUUAAAACAUCUAUAAUUUAUGGAUUCAAGGAAAAUGGAAUAAACUUGAAAUUUUGUUGGUCAGAAUGAAAAUCUUGUCUUGAAGAUGUCUCGCAUUGAAGCUAAAAAGCCUUCAUUGUGUACUAAUGACCCUCUAACUAAAGAGAGAGUUAGUUUCUCUCUGUCUGUGUUUAGUGGAAUAGUACAGUCUUGCUAUGGCCCUACUGGUAGACUCAAACAGCUCCACAAUGGUAUGGGAGGCUAUGUUCGCACAACUUCACAAUCUUCUGCCUUGCUUGGUGGCCUUUCUAUCACCCAUCCAGCAUUGAAGAUUCUGACAGCCUCUGUACGGAAUCAUAUAUCACGCUUCAGCGACUGUGGCUUAUUUACAGCCAUUCUUUGCUGCAGCUUGGUUGAACAUUUUCAAAGAAUAAACUUUGCGACCUGUACUGUCACUAAAAUAAGUAGACAUCUUUUGAGCUUAUGUACUGACUAUCUCAAGUCUGAGGCCUGUGGUUGCCGAGUAUCGGUGGAUUUUGACAGUAUUAAGACUCUUCUCUCUUUGGUACGUAGCAUAUUAGCAAGCAAACCUGCCUGCAUGCUUAACAAAACAGAAGCCAAUCACCUCAGCACAUUAGUUUUAAAGGCUUUUUUGCUUACAAUUCCGCAUACCAUUGAAACUAAUGUUGUUUUAGGAAAGUGUGUAAUUAUUCCUGUGAAAGAUAAAAGAGUUAUGGAUUCUACUGUAUUUCCUGGACUACUAAUAGAAAUACCAGAAUUUCAAUUGGCAAGAACAUUUCCUAUCAAAAGAGUUUCUUCAAGCACUAUCAAGAUGGCACUCUUCUGUAUCUCUAUGUCAGGAGACCUUUCCAGUAUUGGAGAAGGAACUGUAAUUGUCCAUCAUGGAAUUUCUCUAGAAGUAGCAGUAUUGGAUCAGUUGCUUAACUUAGGAAAGCAGUUGGUUAAUGACCAAGUAGGCCUUGUAGUGUGCCAGAAAGUUAUCCACCCAUCUUUGAAACAAUACCUGAAAGAGCACUGUGUCAUCACUAUAGACAGAGUUGGAGUAUCAAUGAUGGAGCCCCUGAGUCAAAUGACAGGUUCACAGCCCAUUGCUGCCCUACAUUCUGUAUCUCCUACUUGUUAUGGCAGUCUGAAGGACUUGCGCACUGAGAGUUUUGUUUCAAAACAUUUCUUGCAUCUAAUUCCUAAUGACACACUUGUCUGCAGCUUGAUACUCUGUAACAGAAAUGAAAUGGCAUGGGAUGAGCUGAAGCUUGCGUGUCAAACUGCAGAACAUGUCUUACAACUAACAAUCAAGCAACCAUUGGCACUGUUAGGAGGUGGCUGCACAGAAACUCAUUUGGCCUCAUAUAUAAGACACAAGAGUUUUACCCUUCCUACUAGUGUUUUGAAAGCCAUAGAUUGUUCUCGGACACAAUACCAGUUGGUUGCUGAUGCCUUUUGCCGCUCCCUGGAGUGUGUAGCUUGCUGCCUGGAGCAUGAUGAUGGUGAAAUUCUUACUGAUAUGGUUUAUGGACAUUUUUGGUCUGUUCAAUCAGGUUUUCCCUCUGACUGUAACUGGUCAGAUUUAGUUUUGAAGUGUGGUUGUGGGAUUUACAAUAACCAGCAAAAUCUCAACUGGACAGUUUUACGAAGCCAAUGUAUCCCUUUUGCUCCACAAAGCUGCUCUAAUGAGCCUUCUAUAAACUCCACUGACCAUCUUGUACUGGACUGUUUUACUGCAAAAUGUAGUGGUCUGCAAGUGGCAGUGGAGACAGCCAAUCUGAUUUUGGAUUUGUCAUAUAUAGUUGAAGAUCAAAAUUAGUUUAGUUUUCAUCUCCAUUAUUUUGAACUUCAUAUUUAUUUGAAAAAGUUCCAAAGCAGCAUAAAUAAUAUACUAAGAGACUACUAUGCAGGAGCAGAGUCUAUAAACAGAAUUUUAAUGUCAAGCAUAGUUGCUCAUUAAGCUACUUGUCUGAUUCCUACUCCACUUCAGUUAUCAUAGACAUUUGCAAUCAUAUUUAACAUUUUGUUAGAAAAAUUAAACAUUAAUAGUCUAGAGUGCACUCAGACAUAACCACAUUUUAGUAACACAUGAUUGAGAAUUCAGACUAUAAUGUAUCUAUCCAUUCAAACUAUAUAUGCAAAUAUGUGUUACUACACACACACACAACUACAUUAAAGGAAGAGGAAGGUUGUAAAUGAAGCACUCAAAAGUUAGGAAGUGCCAGAAUUAAGGUUGCCUGUGCAACCUUAAUACUGUCUCUUUGUGUGUAUGCAGUGUGAUUCAGUCUUUAAUUAUCUAAUCACAUGUACUUUUUCCACAAGACCCCUGACUCAUUCAGUCCACAGAAUGGGCAGUGCUGACUGAGUGAGCAGCUAUUCAAUAUUUUGUUAUAUCGUCAUGUGACCCCAUAUUUUAUUUACUUCAUGCUAUUCAAACCAUGCUCUGAAGAGAGAAUUAUUAAUUUCUUCAUAAGCUUUUUUAUGGCUCUGUCGUUUGUAGUAUCUGAGUGCUUCAUAAACAUUAAUUUAUUCUUGUAAUACUCUUGCGAGAUGAGGAGUUGGUAUCCCCAUUGUAUGGAGGGGGAGGCACAGGAAGAUUAAGGGAAAAGGUUUCCAAUAAUUUUGGGUGUCCAAUUUGAGGUGCUUAAGGCCUGAUUUUUCAAAAUACUUAGCAUUGUGUAGCGCUUCAUAUGUUAAAAACACAGCUUCCAUUAACUUCUCUUGUAGCUGAGAGUGCUCGGCACUUCUGCAAAUCAGACUACAGGGUCUCAGAUCAAGCUCCAAGAAAAUACACAUUUAUGACCAUCUUUGAAAAGCUUGGUUUAAGUGAUUUGCCCAACAUCAUAUAGAAACUCUUGUGGCUGAGACAGGGAUAGAAUCCAGUGCAACUUUCAACUGCCUUGAUCAUAAGGCUGCCCCUUUUCUUCCCAUCUCAUUCACUUCAUACAUUUCAAUUUCUGUAACAAAUGUAGAAGGAAUGUUGUAUGGGACUCCUGCUGCAUUUUCUUUGUACUGAGCAGGCUACACAUUCUACUGGGAGCUAACAAAAAUAUAGUUCUCAGUGGAGUUUAGAGCCCUUACUACCCCCUGUCUCCCCCACCCCACUCCUUACCCUCGCUGCUGGCCCUGAGAAGUGGGUGCUGAGAUGUGCUGUUCGGCUUGUGGGGAGAGGGGGAGGAGUUCUUCUGCCACCUACACCCUAUUUCUGCUAACACUGCAGAUUGCUCACUCCAUUUUAUAUUCUCUACUUCUGUAUAAUCUGCAGUUGUCCUCCUCUAUCACUUUCUAGCAGUGUCUCUAUCCCUUUUCUAACCCCAGCUCCUGUCCUCUGUCCCUGAUUUUACAUAUCUGCCACCUCCUUACUCUGCCGCCACCUGUUUGACCACCCUGCUCAUAGUUUGCCCCCUGCAUAAAAACACCAAUUGGUGUUAUAUAAUUUAAAGACUGAGGUACAUAUUUAUCUCUAUUUAUAUGGAUGGAAGGUUAAAAGGUGCAUAGAAAUUAGCAGGUACACAUGGAAAUGGGGAGUGGCAGUUCCACAUCAUGGGGCAGAUCCUCAGCUUGUAUAAAACAGUCAGAACUCCAGAAAGCUAUGACAGUUUGCAGUACCUAAGGAUCUCCGCCUCCUCCCCCAUCCUCUCCCCCCUUAGAGUUUCUUUUAAUCCUUCACGCUGAGAUUAAACCCCAACUUCAUGGUAAUGCUGCUCCCCAGGAGAUGUCAGAAUAUGCAGCUACAAUGAAGAGGCAACAGGAGCGUGGUUCAGAAGCUGGUCUGCCAUGGGGAGGGAAGCAGUAACAGAGCACAGUAGUUGUGUUUGGAGAUCUACAAGAUUAGAGAGUGAUUCUCAGUGAUACUGAAUCUCUACCGGCCACUGCACCCACCUCUGCAGCCUCACAAACCCUCUCUCACCCAGGAUGGCUGAACUAGAGAAACAAACAUAAUCCUGUGUGGUUUUUAAUUUUUUAAUUCCUCCCCCUUCUGCAGCUAUUUCUGUGAAGGGUACCCUUUGUUAGGGAGGAGAUCUGUACAAGAAAUUAAUACAGUACCAUAAAAUAACUUUGCUUUAUUCGUGUGAAGAAAUUGGCCUUUUUCUGUUUAAGGAAUUCUGAAAUAGCUAAAAAAAAUUUACCGGUCCCUUGCAAAAGAAAUUCCCUCUAGAAGCAGCAUGGAGUCAAACAAUCCUGCUAAACACUAAAAAAUGUAAAUUCCUAGUGUGACAAUGUACCCCAUGUUCUUCACAGUGAUAUUAUUAUGAUAUGAUUAUGGCAUACUUCUGAUGUAUUUUAUGCUAGAUCGGUCAUGUGAGAUAUCAUUGGAAAGUUUAUGAUUUAUUAACAUAAUUAUCUUGUUUGUAUGCAUGUAUCAUUUUUGUAUCUGAAGUUAGGAAUAUUGACUACGUAUCUGUAUCACAAAUAUGUUUACACCUGGGGAACACCCACUAUGCAAAAGACUGUCAGUCUAGAUGGCUGUCUAGGAAGGGCCCAUUCAAGUUUGUGAAGCAUUAGGGAAAAAACAAUAGGUCUUAGAAGGAGCUUAUUUCCCACCUGGGAAGAUGAAGAUGCUACAAAUGACCUCCGAGCAAUGGUUGCUAUGGCACUACAGGGACAUGUAACCAGCUCACCCAGUACUGCAUUCCAUUUUGGAAUAUCAGUGUUUUUCCACUGACUGGCAUGGGAACCAGGCUGUGAGACAAAGGGUUCCCGCCAUAUGCAAAAGCUAUUUAAGGCAGGGAAGUGACAUCAUCGUGAUUCUUCACUGAUUCCCUGCCCAAAAGAGACUCUUGGAAACACCUGAGGAACAAGGACUGAACUGGGGAGAAGUGCUGGACCCAGGCUAAAGGGAUUUUUAACCUGUGAAUCGAACACCUGGUGUUUUUAAGCUGUAAACAAGUGCAGGUGGCCCCUUAAGAAUCUCUGCAGCCUGCUUGAAAAUAUUAAAUAAAGGGUGAGAAUUUGCUACUCA